UACAACGUGGUCCGCACAGUCAUAGGUAUCCAAAGAGAAGCUUGCAUUUUUCUGACGGUGUAGCUAAGAUCUUGGUAGCCUUGACUCCACAUGCAGAGGAUGGACACAGGUCGUUCUUCAGUAGUACUGCGUUCUUCGGACAGCGACAACGAAGGAUGCGACUGGGCUUUCUACGUCGGAAGCGCCGUAAUUGCUCUCACCAUCGUUGCGGUGGUAUCGGUCCCCGGCUAUUUCUUCGUGAAGAGUUUGCAAAUCGGAUCUUGGCCAUCUGAAACAGAUAUUGUAGAACCAUUGCCCGCGUCCGUUACGAGGACGCCAGCACGCGCCAGGAUAUUUGACGCGGAUCCAUCGAAAUUGGACGGCGAUGCAGAACGUGAGCACGACAAGACAUCAAACACAAUCGGGUCACGCUUCAACAAACGGAAAAGCAUCUACGACGCCGAAGCAUCUGUAGAAAAGGAAGCCGGAAAUGCAACAAGGAUGCUGUGCUACUUUGGUCAUGCUUACGAUGGCAAGUUUCCCGUCUCAUUGUGCACCCAUUUCAUUUUUGAUGGGGCACAUAUCAACUUGCGCACGCACGAGGUAUCCGUCAACAGCAGCGAGGAAAACAUGCAAGCGUUCAGCAACUUUCUCCGCGUCCGGAGACAGUUCCCACACAAAUAUUUCCUCGUGGGAGUCCGUGAGGAAUCCUUUGAGCAGGGUGCGUGGUCGGUAGCAUUGCAGGGUACCACAGACCGCCUCGAUUUCACGACCAAGGCUAUCGACUGGUUGGCUGCUUAUCGCUUGCAUGGUAUAGCUUUCUUACACCAGCUUCUUGACCCUGGGCGCAUUGACCUAUACCGCAAAGUUCUCAAGACACUUCGAUCUGCGUUCAAGACCAGGCUCCUUAUAAUAUUCAGUAUCUUUUGGAUGUACGACAGUGACAACAAAGUGAAAAACUCCUAUUUAGAGAAGCGGGUCAAGGAACUCCUUAAGUUGGUGGACUUCCUGCUCUUCGAAACCCACGCACCACCAGGCAAGUCUACCUGUAAAACUUACCUUCCAAAUGCAUUCAGUCGUGCGACGGUGCUUGACCUGAGUUCAGCUGAAGGGAGUUUUGUUAUGAAUCCCUUGCUGUCAUGGAUGGAUAAGAUCGCCACCUCUGUAAACAGCGAUUCCAUGUGCUUCACGAUAUCACUUGCCGCAGUUCGAUUCCUGCUGUGGUAUCAGCACAACGCCUUCGGACAAUCAUGCAAAGACGGUUAUAUCACCUCCUACAUGCAGCAUUGCAGGUUGUGGCGGAAUAUUCACUUCGAGAAGAACACACUUGCCAACUACGCUGAUGUGCCUGCGAAGCCCGGCGUUACCUAUUUUCGUUUGGAAACUUUUGACAAUGUUGUGUCACUUCAGCUUAAGCUGGAAAGCAUCCUCUCCAAAUAUCCAGAAUUAUGUAUUGCCGCUUACGACGUAGAGUACGACGAUUACAUGGGCGUCUGUGGAGAAGGUCGUCCAUUUGCGAGACUGGCCGCUAUACAGCGCGUUCUACGUCGAUUUGCGGUCACCACUCACUUCUACAUCGACCUUCGCAAGAAGUAA